GGUUUCACAUAAACUGUUUACCAGACAUGCCUCUGCAUGUCCUGUACCUAAGCUGAUAAAGCGUCUAUGCACUUUAAUCUCAAGUCUAUGCCACUCUGCUAGUACAGCGUGAGCUGUGCCUUGAACCUUGGAUAUAGAGACCUACAAGCCAAAGUCUUGUUCCUGCCUUAGUAAUGUUCCAGAGGUUAAAUAACAUGUUCAUGGGAGAGAUUGAUGGCUUGUCCAGCCAAGAGCCAGAGUUCAGUGAGAAAGAAGAUGACGAGUGGAUUCUGGUUGACUUUAUAGACACUUGCACUAACUGCUCCACGGAGGAGGCAGACAUGGACGAAGCAUCGGCCGCAGAUGGCUCUCCUGUCUUCUCUUGUUUACCAUCUCCCUUGGAACACUUGCCAGAGGCCAGCGAGUCUUGCUUCAUCCAGUUCGAGUCAUGCCCCAUGGAGGAGAGCUGGUUUAUUACCCCUCCCCCGUGUUUUACUGCAGGUGGAUUAACCGCUAUCAAAGUGGAGACCAGUCCGAUGGAGAACCUCCUCAUAGAGCAUCCCAGCAUGUCUGUGUAUGCUGUCCACAAUACCUGUCACAGCCUUAACGAGACUGGGUGUGGAGAUGAGGAGUUUCACAGCCCAGGUAGUCCCAGACUGGAAGCCCUAAAUGAAACGGGGCAGCGUGUUCACUGCUACGUCACAGCUCUUGCUACUCGUUCAACUUUUCUGGAAAAAACCAAGAGCUUUCGUCCUACCCACUGGAUAAAAGAACAUAAUGAAAGACACUAUCUCAACAGAAAUGGUCUCCGUCGCCAAAACCUUACCAGGGAUUGCCACUCCCGGCAAACCAAGCACAACGGACUGUUUGUUCACCAGCCUUGCCAGCGUCAGUUCAAUUACUGAUGGUUCUUGUGGUUUUAAUCUAUGGUCUAAUUGGUUUUUAGGUUGCUCUUGUUUCCAUGUGUAGGUAAGUGUGGUCAAUCCGAAGCUGAUCUUCAAUCCCUCAA